GGUAUUUGUUUAUUGUUGACUUGCAAAGAAGAUAACAAAUCAUGAACACACACUUUUUCGGGCCGGGCCGGCCCGCGGGCCAAACACCAAAUCCCAAACCCGUCCCAAAAAAAAAUCGAGCCACUUAUUUUCUACCCAAACCCGCCCAUCGGGCCAUAAUUUGGUACCCAAACCCUCACUUUUUCGGGCCGGAUCGGACCGGGCCGCCCAUGAUCACCUCUACUAGAGACCAAAAUUCAUAACCUCAAACUCUCACGAGGAGAGAGAUUAAAACCCAAUAUAUGGGUAGAAUCAACAUAAUGAAUGAGUAGAACGAGGAUAAAAAAUUAUUUUAAUCAUAUUAAAAAAAACUUUAACAGAGAAAUUAAAGACUUACCAUCAACUAAAAAUUAAUGAUAGCCCAAACCAACUAUAGAGAUUAGUAUUUUUUAAUGGCACAUAGACUAGAUCCUCUAGAAUUCCAAAGGGUUCAAAAAUUGAAGCUUCGCGCCUUUUUAUCGAAAAUCCUUGAAGAACAUUGCAUCACUCCAAUCCAGUACAUUAUAUCGCUUUCCAAGUUGCAGCAAUGAAACCCAGAAAUUCAACUUCGUUAAGGGGACCUGGGCAACUUUCUAUUCCUUCCACCUUCCUUUCUCGUCGUUCUCAUCCAUGUUCCAGAAACAAUUCGAAUGGUUCACAAUCACCAUCACAGAGAAACAAUCGCAGUUCCACUCUCUCGCUUGGUGCCUUUCUCAAUAGCAAGUUACAUAAAACUUCUGUUCUUCCUAUUGAUAAGGAUAAAAAUGCAUUCUCAGUGCUCAAAGAGGAUAAGCUUUGUCCAACAGCAGUCAGCAAUUCCCUAGAUGAAUUGGUUUUUAAGGAUAAGCAAUAUGCUGGUGCAGGAGGUCGUGAUGAAAGAGGACAUGUGAUUGAAGAUUCAGUGUUAAAGCUGUUUAAUGAUUUAGGAGGAAGGGUCAGAAAGAGAUCUCCUGAUCGCUUAUCUGCCUCAAGGUUUGAAUGCAACUCAAAGCAGCAGGGUCAGAAUCAUUUGCUAGUCCUCGGAGAUGACCCAAAACCAAAGAGAAGAAACUGUGGUCAAGUUUCAUGCAGCUCUAAGAAACCAAGACCUUUUUAUAAUUAUUAUGAAAGUGGAACAGGUUGGUGGGAACCUGAAAGAGAAGGUGUAGACAAUGAUGAAGUUGGUAGCAAAGACAUUUGGGAAGGCAUGGGCUCAACCACACUUGGAGGACUCGAAUGGAACUGAUGCUUUAAGCUUUUUUAACCUUCAUCAGCUAGUAAGUAAGUGUCCUUCAUUUCGGACAUUAUUAUUUUCUGUUUUUACCAAGUUCCUCCCAAGCUCAUUAGCGAUCAAGGGAGUUGAUUCAGUAGAGAAGUUAUUGAGUUGCUUCAGAAAUUUAGAGUGCAUGAAGCAAUGUUUGUACAAGGGAAUGUCAAAAUUCUAUGAAUUUUUUAGCAUGUAGGAUGAAAACAAGCUUUUACUUGUUCAACAUGUAAGUAUGAACAAAACAAUGGUGUAAAUAAAGUGGAAGUCAUGGAUGACUCAAAAUGAGGGCAACGUCUACUUGUGUCAUAGUAUUAGUAGCAACUAGCAAGUCAUUAUAAUGGAUGACUAGUCAUGAAAGAUAAACUCAACUUAGCUUUGGUAUAGUUUUGAACCUUUUAACUCAAUUGUGUUGCUCAAAUGUUUGCUUGAGAUUUUAAAUUUUGUAGUAAGGUUAAGAAAAAUGUAAGUUGACAAA